AUCACGGUCGUCUGCAGUGGUGAAUUGGUUGGAGACAAAGUGGGAUGCAGCGCCUGUUCAUCAUCAGUACUUUAACCCAAAUGAUCUGACCGCUGACACUGCGGCAUGGCUGCUGUUCACAACAUGUCCAACACGACACGAAAUUGGACCAAUCCGUUCGUUCAACCGGCGUGGCGCAUCGCGCUGUGGUCCGUGGCGUACAGCUCCGUCCUGGCUGUUGCGCUCCUUGGCAACCUAAUCGUCAUUUGGAUCGUGUUGGCGCACAGGCGGAUGAGAACAGUCACCAACUACUUCCUGCUGAACUUGGCUUUUGCCGACGCUUCGAUGGCCGCGUUCAACACGUUGAUCAACUUUAUCUACGCGGUGCAAGGCGAGUGGUACUUUGGAGAGGCGUACUGCAGGUUCCACAACUUCUUCCCCGUCGCCGCCGUGUUCGCCAGCAUCUACUCCAUGACGGCCAUCGCCAUGGACCGGUACAUGGCCAUCAUCCACCCGCUGACGCCGCGUAUGUCGGCGAUGGCCACAAAGGCGGUGAUCGUGAGUAUCUGGGGACUGGCGGUGGUGCUGGCCUUUCCCGUCUGCUACUUCUCAAAGGUGCUCAGCGUUCCGCGGCGCACGCUCUGCUACAUCGCCUGGCCGCGCAAGCAGGACGACGCCUUCAUGUACCACAUCAUAGUGAUCGUGUUGGUGUAUGUGCUGCCCCUAGUGGUGAUGGCUAUCACCUACACCAUCGUGGGGGUCACCCUGUGGGGAGGGGAGGUCCCAGGGAACUCCUCGGAUAACAACCAUGGACAGCUGAAGGCUAAACGCAAAGUGGUGAAGAUGAUGAUCAUUGUGGUGGUGACCUUUGCCCUCUGCUGGCUGCCCUAUCACGUGUACUUCAUCGUGACGGGCCUGUCCAAGCCACUGACCCGCUGGAAGUACAUCCAGCAGGUGUACCUGUCGGUGAUGUGGCUGGCCAUGAGCUCCACCAUGUACAACCCCAUCAUCUACUGCUGCCUCAACAGCAGGUUCCGGGCGGGCUUCAAGCACGUGUUGCGCUGCUGCCCGUGCGUGCGUGAGUCCGGGAGCUACGACGAGCUGGAGCUGCGCAGCACGCGCCUCGGCCCGGGACGCCCUGCCAGCAUGUGCACCCUGUCCCGGGCGGACACCAGCCUCCGCAGCACCCUGCACCGCCACCGCAGCACUCAGAAGAGCGUGGGGUCCUGCUACGGCCGCGACGGCCGCAGCCUGCCCACCGUCCAGGGCAGACAGCUGACGGCCCGGUCCAGGCUGUACAGUGAUCCUGGGGACUGUGCAGGGAGCCCAAAUGAAACAGUGUGCAGCGAACCCAGUGACGUCAAUGUGGAGUGAACUGGGUUAAGUGUACACUGCGGUGAACCCAAAUGAAAAGACGAUACAGUGAACCAAAUACAAUGACUCUUCUAAACCGGCAAUGGAAAGGAAUGAAUUGUAUUCACCUGGCAGGGAACCCAUGUGAAAAGGCUGUGCAGUGAACACAACUAAAUGACCACAGUAAACCCAUACUUAAAUAAAUGGUGAGUGAAUUGGAUUCACCUUACAUUGAAACCCAAAAGUUAAAUUUUGAGAGAAAUGGAUUCUCGUUACAAUAAAACCCAAACAAGUAAUGAAGAGUGAAUUGGAUUAAUCUAUGAAUCCAAUAAAUCCAACAAAUACAAUGAACCCAAUUGAAUGGCAAUACGCUUCUAAUAUGUCAUUUAACAAGUGCUUAUCAUACCAAGUAGGCUGUCUUCAAUAUUUAAGUGGGUUAAAGAAGCACAUGGUAAUCUCUCUCUAUACAGAUUUACCCCCCUUUUGCAAAUCCAAGCACGGGUUGACUCUAAAGUGAAAGCAGGAGGGAUUCACCGUGGCUCAGCCGACAUGAACACUAGUGAAAGGGCUCGCAGCUUGCCCCGACUAACAUCACCGCCCAACGACAGCAUGCAGGCUGAAGUGGGCUAAUGCUGGCAAUUUUAUGGCAACCAAAAACGUAAUACAGCCUGCCACCACCGACUGACACACCGGCCCGAUGCUGGUGUUUGCUAAACAGAAGACAUAUGGCCGUAUCAUGAUGUGAUUGUGAUGAAGCCUGCUCAUCAAUCAAUCACCUUGAGUUUACAUUUUAAGAUAUCAAAGCGUAGCAUUGCAGCAUUGUCCCUUGCAGGAAGCAUUAUUCAAUGCAUGAUUAGAGUAUAAACAUGCUAGGUGUAAGGUAGACUAUAACAGAUGUA